GUUAUAACAUAAACCUUGAUAUAUUUAUUAGUGGCAAAUCUAGUCAAACAUAAAAAUCAGGUCCCCGCAGUUGAGGGUUGACGGCGGCUGACCCGAUCCGACCCGGCCCAUUAAACCCCACCCAAAUUAACAAAGCAAGGGAAAUGUUCGUUAACUGCUCUUUCUCUCUCCGCUCACAUUUUCCGACCAAAGAAAACCGAGGUUUUACUGCUUCCGCCGCCCAAUCCGCCAUGGAAUCCUCCCCAUUCAACAAUCUACCCCAAGACACCCUCCACCAGAUCUUCUGCCACCUGCCCCUCCGCGAAAUCGCCGCCGCCAAGUGCUUGUGCAAGGCCCUCCGCGCCGCUCUCUCCUCCGCCUCGUUCCUCCACCACCUCCGCAGCCAAUCCCGCCCCCUCCCCCUCCUCGCCCUCAAGACCUCCCACCGCCACGUCUCCACCCUCCUCACACUCCACGCCUUCGACCCCGCCGCCAAUCAGUGGUUGAAAUUCUCCCUCUCCUUCCUCCCCUUCGCUGGUCUCCACCCAAUCACCUCUUCCAACGGCCUCCUCUACCUCUGGGCCUCCUCCCACACCUCCCGAACCCCCCAAAAUUCCCAAAAAGCCCUCGUCGUAUGCAACCCCCUCACCGGCCGCUUCAAAACCCUACCCCAGCUCGGCUCCGCUUGGUCCCGCCACGGCGCCGUCUUGGCCGGCUCCCUCAGCGUCGUUCUCGUCCUCACCGAGCUCGCCGUUCUCUACUACUCCGAAAAUGGAAACCCUAACGACGACGAUUUCAGCCCCAAUUCGCUCAAUUGGCUCAAAUUCUCGUCCAAUUUACCCUCGAAGCCCCGGAGCCCCGUCCUGAUCUCCGAUUUCAUCCUGACUCUGUGCGACGUGGGGUCGCCGUGGAGGUCGCAGUGGGCGAUGUUCAAGGCGAGGGUUGUGGAUAUGGAGAAGGCAAUGCAGUGGGUGAGGCUGGAGAGGCGCGAGUGGGGGGACAUUUUCGACAUUUUGAAGCGGCCGCGGCUGGUGAAGGCGGGGAGCGAUCGGAAGGUGUACAUGGUGGGCGGGCUGAAGAGCUCAUACGCGCUGCAGAGCGCGUGCACCACAAUCCUGAUACUGAGGCUGGACUUGGACAGCUUGGAGUGGGAGGAGGCGGGGCGGAUGCCGUUGGAGAUGUAUAGGUGUUUCAUGGAGAGUAGUAAGUUCAAGGUGUUUGGUGGGGGCAAUAGGGUGUGUUUCUCAGCCAAGAGGGUCGGGAGGUUGGCGCUCUGGGAGGAGUUUGGUGACGGCAAGAACGAGUGGAGGUGGGUGGAUGGCGUGCCCGGGAGCGGAGACGUCCUCUGCCGUGGAUUCGUGUUCGAGGCCAGGCUCGAUGCUGUUUUGUAGGUCAGCAGGAUUUUCACUUUCUUUCUAAUCUUGUUAUGCCAUACCUAUACUAUAUAUGAUGAUUUGGAAUAUUGAAUUCAAUGUGUUGUAUUAUCAGUGUUAUUGUUUAUGAUCA